ACUCUUGUUGUUAAGACAUCUCGAACGACUGCUCUCCUGGUCACCAAAUUCAUUAUACAUCAUUUCCCGUGAAAACCAAACUGGAUAUCUGGAUGGGUAUCGUUGGUGAAGAACCGGUUCUGUCUAGACUAGAUCGAGUAGACAACAUGGUAAGGCAGUUGGAGGAAAUGAGAGGGAGCCAUGGUAAUGGUAAUUAUAACAGGUCUCCAAGCCCAAGGAGCUCUAGCGCAUCCACCCCAUCAAGUGGGACGUUGGGCAGCACAUGUACGGAGGGUCAUCCUUCAUCUAUCGAUUUCUCCCCAACCGCCAAGUCCCUGGAGAAGUACUGUCGUCCCAUUGAUCAUGUCAUGGUGGAGACUCAGCUCAAAGGAACGCUCCUUCAGAGGCUGGACCAAGUAGAGGACCGGCUACUCAAGCUGUGUGUGCAAUUGGAGGAAGAAUUGGAAGAAGAGAAGAAGAGGGAAGCGGUCCAUGUUGAGAAGAAGGGGCACAAGAAAGGAAUCAAACAAUUUGUGAAGCAAUGUGUCAAAGGGAAACACUCUAAACAACACGAAGGAACGGAAUGGAAUGGAAAGGCAAAGAGCAGCCUCAGCCUCAGCCUUAGUUCAAAAAUAAAAUAAAAACUUGAUAUGUAUAAUUUGAUCAUGCAUGCAUGUACCUCUCUUUUGUUGUUGAACAGAUUUUAAACAAGUAGAUAUUUUUAA